GAGCUGCUGGUCGGUCGGAAAAGAAACGUAAAACGGCUCCGGCGGCAGAUGCUCCGGGCAGGAAGGAGAAGGCAACCAGAAGAAGCUUCGCACCCACCACCGAACGCUAAGGGGAAGCAUGUGGAACCUUAAGCAAAGAAAGCAGCCUCUGAUCUCGGACUAUAAAACUGAAUCUCGCCCGGGGGCCACCUGGGAUGCAACCGUGGGAAGCAACGAAACUGGGGGGACUGGGGGCUUUGGUGCUUCUAACUGGGGAACCCCACUGCAGCUGGCCCAGGAAGUUGAGAGCAGCUACUCCUGCUUGGACGAUGAGGAGGAAGAGGGCGAGGAAGAGGAGAAGGGGCUCCCCUCGAUGUUUCCCUUCAGCCCAGCCUUCCCAGCUGGAGCCACCACGUCGUCCUCCAUCCUCAACAUCAACGUGGGCGGGCAAAGCUACCGCCUGACGUACCAGGCGGUGGCUAUCUACCCCACCACCCGCCUGGGCCGCUUGGCCACUUCCACCGACCGCUGGCGCCAGCUGGGCCUCUGCGACGACUACGCAGCUCAGGGCGAUGAGUACUUCUUUGACCGGGACCCGGCCGUCUUCCAGCUGGUCUACAACUUCUACGCCUCCGGGGUGCUGCGGGUGCGGGACGAGCUGUGUCCCCGCAGCUUCCUGGAGGAGCUGAGCUACUGGGGGGUCCGCCUCAAGUACACGCCCCGCUGCUGCCGCAUCUGCUUUGAGGAGAGGCGGGAUGAGCUGAACGAGCAGCUCAAGGUGCAGAGGGAGCUGCGGGCCCAAGCGGCCGUGCAGGAGAGCGAGCACCUCUUCCGCCACAUGCGCUACGCCGAGCAUCGCUGGCGCCUGUGGAACCUCAUGGAGAAGCCCUUCUCCUCCACCACGGCCAAAGCCAUGGGGGUGGCCUCCAGCUUCUUCGUGCUCAUCUCAGUGGUGGCGCUGGCUCUCAACACGGUGGAGGAGAUGCAGCACAGGGACAAGGCCACCCAGGAGAGGAGGCCUUUGCUGGAGCACGUGGAGACCUUCUGCAUCGCCUUCUUCACCCUGGAGUACGUGCUGCGGCUGGUCUCCACCCCGGACAUCCGCUGCUUCGUCAGCAGCGCCCUCAACGCUGUGGACCUCAUCGCCAUCCUGCCCCUGUACCUCCAGCUCCUCCUGGAGCGCUUCGUGGACGAGGACCAGCCUCGGGGGCAAGGCUCCCAGCACGAAAACGACAUAGAGAAAGUGGGGCGGGUGGGGAAGGUGGGGCAGGUCUUGCGCAUCAUGCGCCUCAUGCGCAUUUUCCGCAUCCUGAAGCUGGCCCGCCAUUCGACGGGCCUGCGCGCAUUUGGCUUCACGCUGCGCCAGUGCUACCAGGAGGUGGGCUGCCUCCUGCUCUUCAUUGCGCUGGGGAUCUUUGCCUUCUCCGCCAUGGUCUACACCGUGGAACACGAUGUCUCCAGCACAAACUUCACCAGCAUCCCCCAUGCCUGGUGGUGGGCUGCCGUAAGCAUUUCUACUGUUGGAUAUGGAGACAUGUGUCCGGAAACCCACCUCGGACGGCUCUUUGCUUUCCUCUGCAUCGCUUUCGGGAUCAUUCUGAACGGAAUGCCCAUCUCCGUCCUGUACAACAAAUUCUCAGACUAUUACAUCAAGCUGAAAGCGUACGAAUACACAGCCAUACGCAAAGACAGGGGCAAAGUGGAUUUUGCACGGCGAGCCAUGAAGAAAAUGUCUGAGUGCUGUGGAAACAGGCCAAACAGAUUACCAAGACACAGAUACAAUUAAUACCUUGGAUGGAAAAGAGGGAUUGGGGGAUGAAAGGCCAACAGAUUCCCUCAGGUUUGUCCACAAGUUAACUGGGAGGAAAAGACUGACUGGGGUAUAGUGCAAAACUUUCUCUUUUUUAAAAAAAGAUACAAAUGAAGAUAAUCCUUCUUAAUAUUUUGUCUGAUAAAUGUUAUAGCUGGUGUCCAAGCAGCCUCUGGAAUCAAUUGUAUUGUGAUCCAGUGAGUGAUUCCAAAUAAGGAUCCGCUUGAGGAAAUGAGAAGGAAUGCAGUCUUGUUUCUUUAGCUACAAAUGCUGCACCACCCCAACUGAAUCGAAGGCAACUAACUUAGGCUAAGCACCAUUACUAGGAAGCAAGAGCUAGUUGAUCCUAUGAGGCCUACAUCUGAGUAAAUGUGCAAAGGAUUAUGCUGCUUUUUCUGGGUAUUUACAUAUUUGCCAGCAUGAUGGAUGUUGCCUCAAAAUCAGAAUUUAGUAGACUUUCAAGUAGGAAUAUAUUUGUGUCCUGUACCAGAAUUUUAUUAUUGUCUUGAGGGCGUGUCAAGCGCCUUUUGUCCUGUAAAUGGAUCCGCAGGUACCAAAAACAAGUCAUUCUAAGAAACUUGAGUAUUCAUGCAGUGGGGAGAGAAGGAAGGGAGUGCGGAUAGCCUCCAUUGAGUUGCCACUGCUUCACCCUUGUUCGUUCGUGGGGAGGUGGAGUCUGUCCAUUUCAGCUUCUACUUUUUCCCAUCUUAAGUUGCGUUCUCCCCAUUUCCACAUUGGUUUGCUAUUAAAGCAAACAAAAAAGAGCCCUGAUGAAAAUUCAUCAGCGUUUUCGUUUUUCUUCUAUUAUACACAUUUCUGCAAAGCAAUUUCUCCUAAUCGAUUGCAUGUUGUAUGUUGUGUUAUUUUCACUUGGCGUGUGAAUUUUGUGCACACUACUUGGCUGGAGAAAUGCAUUGCAAGAUUUGGAGAAUUGUGAAUUUUGAAAGACGGCUGUGGUUUGGUUUGCAUUUUGUUCCAUAAAGUGAAAAUUCAGCAGAUUUGUCUUUAACUGAAAACUGAAUCAAAUCCCCUCUCCCUGCCUGCCUGUGCUCCCAUCCCAACUCUCUUAGACACCUCCAGCUGAGAGCAGCUUGUCUGUUGCAGCUUGGUGGCUUAAAUCAGGAUGAUGAGAGCAUUUCUGCAGACGUUAAACAAAUAUUGAAGGGGCCAAAGACCCCUCGCCCCCCUAGAGUUGGGAUGUCUGUCUCCAUCUUGUUAUUUAUCUCUAAAAGCACAGGGGUGGGACUUGGUUUGUUGCACAAGACCUCCCAGUCAACAAGAACUGCACAACCUGAAUUUGCCAGAAUUUGGUUGAAUCCCCCACAAAAUUAGCCACAGUCUGGAGGCCCCCAGGGAGGGAUCUUGUAGGCUAAGUCCUUCUGAGGAGCUGAGACAUCAGGUUACAACUUGGGAUUCUUGAAUGAAGAUUGAAAUAUGGUUCCUACCCCUCAUUUCUUUUUCUUUUUUUAAAAAAAGAUGUCUGGCUUGUAACCCAGCUCUGUAAACUCUGUGAUGAAUAUUACAACGGUCACAUUGUAAUUAUUUUUAUUUUUGAAUACUCUCCAAGUGUCCAUUUUCCACCCAGCUGCAUCUCUGUCAUUAACAGGAAUUAUGCUCAUUGGUAUCCAGUAUCUUAUGAUGGUAGGGCAGUUCAGACAUGACAAAGAUGAGCAUUGUGCUUCUACACUCCCUGCUCUUCUCCUUCCCACUGUAAUGCUAGACUUUCGGGGUUCACGGGACAUCCAAACAGAGACACUGUGGUUUAACUGUGAAACCAAGCCAGGAUUCUUGCUAGAACAGUGGCCUAGCAUGGGUUGCCAGUGCCCGGGGCAAAGCAAGUAUCCUCAGUACCACCUGCCGGUGGGCUAGAACAAAGGGGCAAUAGCUUGGCAACUGACUUGAGUGGCAACUGCGUCACCCCAUGAGUGUUGAGUAUGAUGGAGAGCGGGAUGAGAGAUUGGUCAGGAGCAAUCCUUCUAAACCCAAUGCAGAGGGCACCCAAGCAACUGCCCACCGCCCAAUUCUGCUCCUCAGUCCGCCCACACGGACAUUAGGAGAUUCUCUGUGUGAGAGGGAGGGUGCACUUCUUUGUUUCUUUUCCCCCACUUUUGAACUUUUUUGUGCCCCUAAGAAUUUUGCAUCCAGGGCAAUCGCCCGUGUGGCCUCACUGAUGCCCCCCUACUGUAUUAGAUAUCUUGAGUUGCAAACAGAGGUUAAACCACAAUUUCCUGAUUUGGCUAUAACAGAAACUGUGGUUUAACAAAACACAAUGCUCCUUCUCUGUCUAAGAAAUCCAGCCAAUAUUUAUAUAGUAAGAAUUGCAUGUUACCAUCUCCCUGUCAAGCUAAUAGAUGGUUUUUGAAAGUAAAGAGCCUGAAAAUCGCAACCCAAGAAAGAUGUAGCAAGUAGUCAUUCCUUUGCAUCAUUGUGGUAUCACUAAAAACUGGGGUUUGUUUGCAACACACUCCUGUCCUCUAAAGUGCAACGGUGAAGGCACCGUAUAAGCUGUAGGAACAGACGAUAAGCGAGAGUGCAAAGAACGGGUGCAGAAAACUGAUGGGAAGACAAUUUGCCAGAAAGCAGGAGGGUGAUUAUAAACAGCCAGUGUCUAUUAAUAAGCGCAGAAGCAGAACUGAUAGGCAAGCAGCACAGGCAAGCCGUACGCAUUUCACAUUAUUGAAUUCACUUGGAGCUGCUGAAUCUAUGUCAUCACAUUCUAGAAAUUAGGAUGAAGCACUGUCCAGAAGCCGAGCAAAGACAAGAUGCAUCAAAUGCAGAAUCAAAUGCUGUUUGGCAGACAGCGGGAGGCGACACUCGUCUAUCAAGGGGAAGCAAUGAAUUAAACCAGCAUCACCUCUUGCUUUACCCCAAAUAUGGCCAUCUGCUGUUUUUCAUGUCAAAAACAGCACACGGAGGGAUGUGUCUGACAGAAAGAGCUGGAGGACAUCUUUGUGACAGACUGGGAUCUUCUGAAUGAGGGAGGACGGGUCUGGAAGCCGCAGUGACAAAUAUAUAUCUAUGCAAGUGCUGAUUUGAUUUUGUUCACAGGCUAAGUUGCGCAUUCAUUUGCACCUGCAGGCGCUGUAGAAUCUGCACAUCUGUUGUUAACUCCCCUUCCGGAAUCUGCACGGAAAGGCUAUAGAACUACUGCUAUCCCCUUGAGUUUCACGGCUGUUUGGCAUUACUGUUUAUACGCCCCACCCCAUAAUUAUGUAUAUAGCCUUCUUGCCACUGAUGAGAGUGGGCUCCAGUCCACAGA